AUGGCCAUGGCGACGACGGCGGCGGCUUCGUUCUACUGCUCAACGCCGGUUCCGAAUAAAUCGACGUUGUCACAACCACAUUUCCUUCCGGCUCGCGCUUACUCCGGGAAUCAUCCCUCUCUUACGACGCCGUUCCACCUCAAACUGAAGAAUCAACCGGUGCAGAGGACUCUGUUAGUUUCUGCAGCUGCUACAACGGUGGAAGCGGAGCCGCAAGCAAGCGCCUCGACUGCUUCGAAGUCUCUGCCCUUCCGCGUUGGCCACGGUUUUGAUCUUCACCGGUUGGAGCCUGGAUAUCCUCUCAUCAUCGGCGGCGUAAAUAUUCCUCACGAUAGAGGCUGCGAAGCUCACUCCGACGGCGAUGUUUUGCUGCACUGCGUGGUGGAUGCGAUUUUGGGCGCAUUGGGUUUACCGGAUAUCGGUCAAAUCUUUCCAGAUACGGAUCCUAAAUGGAAAGGCGCUGCAUCUUCUGUCUUCAUGAAAGAAGCGGUUAGGCUGAUGCAUGAGGCAGGUUACGAACUUGGAAAUUUAGAUGCCACUCUGAUCUUGCAGAGACCGAAAUUGAGCCCUCACAAGGAGGCUAUCAGGGCUAAUCUGUGUGAGCUGCUUGGCGCAGAUCCUUCAGUUGUGAAUCUGAAAGCAAAAACUCAUGAAAAGGUCGACAGUCUUGGAGAAAACCGGAGCAUUGCCGCGCACACGGUGGUACUCCUAAUGAAGAAGUAA